AAAUCACACAUUUCCCACGCGUUCAGCCCCGGUGCUCUGUCCUCCACUCCCAUACACUCAGCCUGGUCCCCAGGCAGGAGCAAGGACUGGGGGUCCAGGGGUCCUUCCUUCUCCCGGGAAACGUUCUUCUGGCCCGAGACUGGGCGAAGAGAGAGUCGGACAUUUUCCUCUGCCUCCCUCCGGACAGCUGGCGUGGCCACUUCGCAGGGCUGCUUCCAGGGACUCGACACAGCGGUCAGAGACUUUCAGGCCCGGCCUUCACUCCCUUCCCCAGGGCACUUGGGCAAGAGUUCUAGCUCUUGGCUACUUCUGGCCCGCACCUGAGUUCACACACCCAGCACACGCGAUUCCCUCAGGGAAACCCCGGGAAGCUUCGCGCAAUCGCGGGGACUCGCCGGGGCUCCAGUUCCCAAGCCCCGAGGCCGCUGCGCCCAAAGAGGCAGGGCGGAGCAAACGCAGCCGGCGUGGAGGCGGCGAGAGCUGGGCUGGCCCGGGAGCCGCCCGGGGGAGGGACUGAGAGCUGCCCCGGGAGUCCAGGACGCUCAGCGGACCCGCCGGGGCCCCGCGCGCGCGAAGGAGAGGGAGCCCCCGCCACUGUCGCUCCCGCCGCGUGCUCAUCCUGUCCCCGCCCAGGGAGCCGGAGCCUCCAACUAACUCCGCCCGCCGCUCCGCCACCCGCAGGCUCCCGCUUCCGUCCCGGACAGAGCCCGUGGCCGCGCAGGUUCUGAAUGAUGACUGGCGCGCGUCUGGGUGAUGCCCCCCACAGUCCCUGUCAUUCCGGAGUGAUAAGGCACCCGCGCGCCUAGCCCCAGCGCCAGGGCACGCGAGCGGCGCUGGAGGGAGCCACGCUUCCGCCUGCGGGCCGGACAAAAGUCCCGCCUGCCCACGGCGUCUGCCCGCCGCUCGUGACCGAGACGCCUCGCGCGGCCAGCUCGCUGCUCUCACGCGCGGAUGGUGUGUGGCCGCCGCAGGACGCGCGCCGCGCCCGGGCCAUGAAGUAGCGGCUGCUGGCGGCGCCGCUGCCCGACCGCCCGCCCCAGCCCCGCGCUGCGCUGCCGGGUCCUCUCCCGGCGGGGCCGGAGCGGCGUGGACAUGGCUGGCCGCGUCCCCAGCCUGCUAGUUCUCCUCCUCGUUUUUCCAAGCAGCUGUCUGGCUUUCCGAAGCCCACUUUCUGUCUUUAAGAGGUUUAAAGAAACUACCAGACCGUUGUCCAAUGAAUGUCUUGGUACCACCAGACCUGUAAUUCCUAUUGAUUCAUCAGAUUUUGCAUUGGAUAUUCGCAUGCCUGGGGUCACACCUAAACAGUCUGAUACAUACUUCUGCAUGUCAGUGCGAUUGCCAGUGGAUGAGGAAGCCUUCGUGAUUGACUUCAAGCCUCGAGCCAGUAUGGAUACUGUCCAUCAUAUGUUACUUUUUGGAUGCAAUAUGCCUUCAUCCACUGGAAGUUACUGGUUUUGUGAUGAAGGAACCUGUACAGAUAAAGCCAAUAUUCUAUAUGCCUGGGCAAGAAAUGCUCCCCCUACCCAGCUCCCCAAAGGUGUUGGAUUCAGAGUUGGCGGAGAGACUGGAAGUAAAUACUUUGUACUACAGGUACACUAUGGGGAUAUUAGUGCUUUUAGAGAUAAUCACAAGGACUGUUCUGGCGUGUCCUUACACCUCACACGUCUGCCACAGCCUUUAAUUGCUGGCAUGUACCUUCUGAUGUCUGUUGACACUGUUAUCCCAGCAGGAGAAAAAGUGGUGAAUUCUGACAUUUCAUGCCAUUAUAAAAAUUAUCCAAUGCAUGUCUUUGCCUAUAGAGUUCACACUCACCAUUUAGGGAAGGUAGUAAGUGGAUACAGAGUAAGAAAUGGACAAUGGACACUGAUUGGACGACAAAGCCCUCAGCUGCCACAGGCUUUCUACCCUGUGGAGAACCCAGUAGAUGUAAGCUUUGGUGACAUACUGGCUGCAAGAUGUGUAUUCACUGGUGAAGGCAGGACAGAAGCCACACACAUUGGUGGCACGUCUAGUGAUGAAAUGUGCAACUUAUACAUCAUGUAUUACAUGGAAGCCAAGCAUGCAGUUUCUUUCAUGACCUGUACCCAGAAUGUAGCUCCAGAUACAUUCAGAACCAUACCACCAGAGGCCAAUAUUCCAAUUCCUGUGAAGUCUGAUAUUGUUAUGAUGCAUGAACAUCACAAAGAAACAGAAUAUAAAGAUAAGAUUCCUUUAUUACAGCAGCCAAAACGAGAAGAAGAAGAAGUGUUAGACCAGGGUGAUUUCUAUUCACUACUUUCCAAGCUGCUAGGAGAAAGGGAAGAUGUUGUUCAUGUGCACAAAUAUAAUCCUACAGAAAAGGCAGAAUCAGAGUCAGACCUGGUAGCUGAGAUUGCAAAUGUAGUCCAAAAAAAGGAUCUUGGUCUGUCUGAUGCCAGAGAGGGUGCAGAACAUGAGAGGGGUGAUGCUAUUCUUGUCAGAGACAGAAUUCACAAAUUCCACAGACUAGUGUCUACCUUGAGGCCACCAGAGAGCAGAGUUUUCUCAUUACAGCAGCCCCCAUCUGGUGAAGGCACCUGGGAACCAGAACACACAGGAGAUUUCCACAUGGAAGAGGCGCUGGAUUGGCCUGGAGUAUACCUGUUGCCAGGCCAGGUUUCUGGGGUGGCUGUAGACCCUAAGAAUAACCUGGUGAUUUUCCACAGAGGUGACCAUGUCUGGGCUGGAAACUCCUUUGACAGCAAGUUUGUUUACCAGCAAAGAGGACUCGGACCAAUUGAAGAAGACACUAUACUUGUCAUAGAUCCAAAUAAUGCUGCAGUACUUCAGUCCAGUGGAAAAAAUCUGUUUUAUUUGCCACAUGGCUUGAGUAUAGAUAAAGAUGGGAAUUAUUGGGUCACAGACGUGGCUCUCCAUCAGGUGUUCAAACUGGCUCCAAACAAUAAGGAAGGCCCUAUAUUAAUCCUGGGAAGGAGCAUGCAACCAGGGAGUGACCAGAAUCACUUCUGUCAACCCACUGAUGUGGCUGUGGAUCCAGGCACUGGAGCCAUUUAUGUAUCAGAUGGUUACUGCAACAGCCGGAUUGUGCAGUUUUCACCAAGUGGAAAGUUCAUCACACAGUGGGGAGAAGAGUCUUCAGGGAGCAGUCCUCAGCCAGGCCAGUUCAGUGUUCCUCAUAGCUUGGCCCUUGUGCCUCAUUUGGACCAAUUAUGUGUGGCAGACCGGGAAAAUGGUCGGAUCCAGUGUUUUAAAACUGACACCAAAGAAUUUGUGAGAGAGAUUAAGCAUUCAUCAUUUGGAAGAAAUAUAUUUGCAAUUUCAUACAUACCAGGCUUGCUCUUUGCCGUGAAUGGAAAGCCUCAUUUUGGGAAUCAGGAACCCAUACAAGGAUUUGUGAUGAACUUUUCCAAUGGGGAAAUUAUAGACGUCUUCAGGCCAGUGCGCAAGCACUUUGACAUGCCUCAUGAUAUUGUUGCAUCUGAAGAUGGGACUGUGUACAUUGGAGAUGCUCAUGCCAACACUGUGUGGAAGUUCACCUUGACUGAGAAAAUGGAACAUCGAUCAGUUAAAAAGGCUGGCAUUGAGGUCCAGGAAAUCAAAGAAGCCGAGGCAGUUGUUGAAAGCAAAAUGGAGAACAAACCCACCUCCUCAGAAUUGCAGAAGAUGCAAGAGAAACAGAAACUGAUCAAAGAGCCAGGCUCGGGAGUGCCCGUUGUUCUCAUUACAACCCUUCUGGUUAUUCCAGUGGUUUUCCUGCUGGCCAUUGCCAUAUUUAUUCGGUGGAAAAAAUCAAGGACCUUUGGAGCAGAUUCUGAACACAAACUUGAGACAAGUUCAGGAAGAGUACUGGGAAGAUUUAGAGGAAAGGGAAGUAAAGGUUUAAACCUUGGAAAUUUCUUUGCAAGCCGUAAAGGCUACAGUCGAAAAGGGUUUGACCGCCUUAGUACCGAGGGCAGUGACCAAGAGAAAGAGGAGGAUGACGGCAGUGAAUCAGAAGAGGAGUAUUCAGCACCUCUGCCCGCACCCGUACCUUCCUCCUCCUGAAAACCAGACUUUGAUUUAGAUUGAGUGAAAUGUACCCAGAAUGUCAGAUUCCUUUCCCUUUAGCACGAUUAAAGUUCUGUAUAUUUAAUUGUAAACUGUACUAGUCAGUGUAGGACUGUACACACUUUAUUUGCUUCAUUUUGGUUAAGUUGGCUUCUGUUUCUAGUUGAGGAGUUUCCUAAAAGUUCAUAACAGUGCCAUUGUCUUUAUAUGAACAUAGACUAGAGAAACAGUCCUCUUUUACCAUCAUAGUACUAAUCUAGCUAUGGAAGGUUUGCCCAUUUACACUUUUGAGACUUUUGGUGGAUGUAAAUAACCCCAUUCUUUGCUUGAACACAGUAUUUUCCCAAUAGCACUUUUCAUUGCCAGUGUCUUUCUUUGGUGCCUUUCCUGUUCAGCAUUCUCAGCCUGUGGCAGUAAAGAGAAACUUUGUGCUACAUGACGACAAAGCUGCUAAAUCUCCUAUUUUUUUAAAAUCACUAACAUUAUAUUGCAAUGAGGGAAAUAAAAAAGUCUCUAUUUAAAUUGUUUUUUAAA